AGUUCCCUCCCUCUGUUCUUUUGUGGACCCUAGACAUGUUGUGUGUUACCCUAGCUUAAACCAUACACUGAUACAUAAAGAAAUUUACAAAGAAAAUAGAGGAAAAUAAAACUGCUCUGCAAUUUGAGAUCCUGCUCCUGCCUUACCUGUGGGCUCAAACACACUUCAGUCUGCCCACUAGCUGUUAUGUCUAGAACUUAACAAUAAUUGGUAUGCAGGCUUAGAGGCACUGGAAUAUUCCUGUUAGGUCAGAGAAAAUGAGUAAAAUCCCCCUUUCUCGCUCUGAGGUGUUUGGGGAGCUGAGGAAGGAGCUGCAUGAAGAAUUCCAUCAGUCUGACGUUCACAUCUUCAUCAUCAUGGGAGCAUCGGGGGAUCUGGCUAAGAAGAAAAUCUACCCAACUCUCUGGUGGUUGUUCAGAGACGGCCUCCUCCCUGAGCAGACAUAUUUUGUGGGCUUUGCUCGCUCUGACUUGACAGUAGAUGCGAUCCGGAGUUCUUGCAUGCCCUACCUGAAGGUAACGGAUGCAGAAGCAGAGCGGCUGUCGGCCUUCUUCAGCAGGAACACGUAUAUCAGCGGGAAAUAUGCUGAUGAGGGUUCCUUCUCCAAACUCCACACACACAUCCUGUCUCUGCCCGGAGGACCUGAGGCAAACCGUCUCUUCUACCUGGCACUGCCACCCACCGUCUACCACGAUGUUACCCAGAACAUAAAGUACCACUGCAUGAGCACAAAAGGCUGGAACAGGGUGAUUGUAGAGAAGCCGUUUGGACAUGACCUUCAGAGCUCUGAAGAGCUGUCCACUCACCUCUCCUCACUCUUCACUGAAGAACAGAUCUACCGUAUAGAUCACUAUCUGGGCAAAGAAAUGGUGCAGAACCUCAUGGUGCUCAGGUUUGGGAACCGAAUCUUUGGGCCGAUCUGGAACAGGGACAGUGUGGCCUGCGUUGUCCUCACCUUUAAAGAACCAUUUGGGACUCAGGGACGAGGAGGCUACUUUGAUGAUUUUGGCAUCAUCCGAGAUGUCAUGCAGAACCACUUGCUCCAGAUGCUCUGCCUGGUUGCCAUGGAGAAACCAGCUUCCACCAGCUCUGAUGAUGUCAGGGAUGAAAAGGUGAAGGUGCUGAAGUGCAUCACUCCAGUCUCCAUGUCAGAGGUGGUGCUGGGUCAGUAUGUCGGGGAUCCAGAAGGCGAGGGAGAUGCCAAACUGGGUUACCUUGAUGAUCCCACAGUUCCUAAAGGAUCAACCCAGGCCACCUUCGCCACCGCUGUGCUCUAUGUGCACAACGAACGCUGGGAUGGUGUUCCUUUCAUCCUUCGCUGUGGAAAAGCUCUGAACGAGAGGAAAGCUGAGGUGCGGCUGCAGUUCACAGAUGUCCCAGGAGACAUUUUUGGAAAUCAGUGUCGCAGGAAUGAGCUGGUGGUGCGUGUGCAGCCCAACGAGGCUGUCUACGCCAAGAUGAUGAGCAAGAAACCCGGUGUUUACUUCAGUCCAGAGGAAACCGAGCUGGACCUCACCUACAAGAGUAGAUACAAGGACGUGAAGCUUCCAGACGCUUACGAGCGUCUCAUCCUGGAUGUCUUCUGUGGGAGUCAAAUGCACUUUGUACGCAGUGAUGAACUACGGGAAGCAUGGAGGAUCUUCACGCCUAUCCUUCAUCAGAUAGACAAAGAGAAGCCUAAACCUAUCUCGUACAAAUAUGGAAGCCGUGGCCCAACAGAAGCAGACGACCUUUCAAAAAGAGUUGGAUUUCGCUAUGAAGGCACUUACAAAUGGGUCAAUCCUCAUAGACUGUGAAUUGUGAUGAGAUGAGGGAGGAGUAGAGGCAGGAUAGUAGAAGGGGUGCAGCAGGUUAAGUGAGCCGUGUCAUGUUCCAAUACUGGAGUGUGUUUGAGGAAAGGUGUUUUCCACUGUGUGGAAACAUCACAGUAAAGAGAGAGGAUAUUAAAAAAAAAAGAA